UUGCAGUGAAAGGCUCUUGAAAGCUUGUGGAGGUCCAUUAUAUUCAUUAUAACGAUUAUAAACACUUUCGUCUUAUUUUUGCAUUACGUCUUCACUUCGCAUUCUGUUUUCACUUUGAUCAUGAAUAUACAUUCCAACACAUAAACUCUCUUUUUCAUUCUUUCUACACAUUCACCAAGAAGGUUUAAUCCUUCCAAACUUUGCUACUUUUGUAACGGGUUUCCAGAAACAAAUAUUUGAAGCUCACAUCUUCCUAUAUCCCUUAACUUGUUCACGAUAUCUACAAUUGAAGUGGAGCACAAUGAAAAAGGUAUAGGGGUAGAAUUAAAGACGAAAACACCUUAAUUGGCUAGAUAAAUAAGCUGAUCAUCAUGAGCUCAGGAGCAUCGGGUCGUUAAUGGUUAGAGUGGGUAUCAAAGUAAAAACCAUAAAUUAGAGAAAUGUGGGGAGAAAUGAAGAGUGUAGUUGCAAUGGUGGCGGUUCAGUUUAUGUUCGCUGGAAUGUUCAUUUUGUUUAAGAUAACAGUCGACGAUGGAACGAAUCUCAAAGUCCUUGUGGCGUAUCGUCUGUCCUUUGCUACUCUUUUCAUGCUUCCCCUUGCCCUCAUCUUCCAAAGGAAGAAGCGGCCAGAAUUUACAUGGAGGCUGCUCUUAAUAGCAGUUGUUUCGGGGUUGCUCGGAGCGGCGAUACCAAAUAUUCUCUAUUUGCCGGGUAUGGCUCGAACAUCAGCGACAUUUUCAGCUGCAACCAGCAUAAUUAGCCCAUUGAUCACCUUGGUUUUGGGUUUGGUGUUUAGGAUGGAAACUCUAAGACUGGGAUCGAACGAAGGGAGGGCUAAGCUGGUGGGGACGCUGCUUGGUGCAUGUGGAGCUCUCGUGUUUGUAUUCUACAAAGGUGUUGAGAUUCAUAUAUGGUCAACACACGUUGACUUACUCAAAAGCUCGAAUACUGGCCGAGCCACUACUAACCACCACAUGUCAAUCCCAGGGGUUCUUAUGGUUCUUGGCAGUAACGUUUCAACAUCACUUUGGUUACUAUUUCAGGCAAAAAUAGGCAAGGAACUUGGAGGACUUUAUUGGAACACAAGUCUAAUGAAUGGGGUGGGAAGUUUGGUGUGCGUGAUUGUUGCUCUCUGUUCGGAUCAUGACUGGGAGGAAUGGCGAUUAGGAUGGGACAUUAACCUCUUAGCGACGCUUUAUUCGGGAAUCGUGGUAUCGGGAAUAGUCGUGCCUCUGAUUGCAUGGUGCAUCGCAACAAAAGGACCGUUAUUUGUUACGGUCUUUAGUCCUAUAAGGCUGGUGAUCGUAGCCCUUAUCGGAUCAUUUGCUUUAGAGGAACCGCUUCAUUUGGGAAGUAUAAUCGGUGCCAUGAUAAUGGUGGGAGGAGUAUACCUAGUGGUAUGGUGUAAAAUGAAGGAAAAGAAGAGUGCCUCUACGACAUCAGACCAUAUUGUAACAAAUAAGAAUAACAAAGAACUGGACCUUGGUAAUCUCUCAGCAGUAAACAGAGAUGUCCCCUGAAUCCCUCAUAUGAGUUACAUCACCAAAUAUUUUAGAUCUACCGUAGAAGCAAAAUAGAAUAUAGGGUCGAUAAGUGAAAAUUAAGAUCUAUCUGAUUGCCCGAAUUGGUGUGAAUUAGCCUUUGAAGUAUCUCUUUUCAUUUUUCAACGUGAUUUCAGUAUUAAAACAUAAUUACAACUUGAUACUUAAUUAUACCUCUAAAAUGCGAUAUUUUCUAUUUCUAGUUUGUUUUAUUGUCUAAGGCUCUAAGCCGUAAAUUCGUCGUAAGAAAUUAUGACAAACUAGUCCGCCACAACAUUACAUGUUUUAUGUUUUUGAAGUGAUUAGUCUUCAUGACCUAUGUGGUUUUUAUCUACCGUUUUAUUACUUUUUUUUUUUUGGCUCGAGGUUGGAACUCAAAACAUCAAUUGUUUGAAUGUUACACAGUUGCAUGUGCUAAGAAACUAUCAUAUUUUUAGUGGAUUUAUCAUUAUACGUGCUUUCCAUGCCAUGUACACCGUAGAUUUUCACUUUGAUCUAAUGUAAAUUAUGUAAAUAAGUUUUAAAAAAAAAAAAAAAAAAUAGUCCACCAUUAUUGCCAGAACAAAUUAUUAGUCCACUGUCGAAGAAAAGAAAAAGCAGUAGACAAAAUUUUUGAGUAAAAUUAAAGGGAUAGAUAACGUUAGGAGAGGAAUCAUGACACGUGAACAUGGACUAUAUAUAGGUCAAACUUGGCAACUGGGACAUUUCUUUAAAUACCCACAAAAUAUCACUUUCGAAGAAGUAGGAAAAACAAAAACAAAGAAGAUCUAUUCCAAGGAGAGAAAGAGAAUGAUGAAGAAGCAAGUGACGAUCGUGGCGGCUCUUAUGAUUCUGAUGGCUUUAUCUUCCAGCUUGGAUAUGGUGGCGGAGGCUCAAUUAGGCCCCGGAGACUGUUACGACGGUUGCUCCACCGCCUGCGUCCAACGUGACUCUAGAAAGACGUCCCGAUGUGAUCGCAAGUGCUCCAUUCGUUGUGGCCCAGAUGCUGUCAGGGCAAGAGGGACUGGUGUUUGAACUUUAUAUCUUACCAACAUCCAUGCAUUUAGAUUCAAUUAUGUUGUAAUCUUAUCUCUAUAAUCGUAUCUCUGGAAAACUUAUUCUGUAAUAUCUAUGUAGUUAUUGAAACCAAUAAAUAAUAACAACUAAAAUGGUUGAUUAAA